AACCUGUAGAUAAUAUGAGUAUGGGUUUCACAGAGUUCUUUGUACUUUUUCUGUGUUAAUUAUUUCCCAGCAGCUUGCAGAAUGACAAUUGGACCAAUGGAAUUUGUGUCUAAGAAGUAAGAUAACACUUUUUGAUAAAUCCAAAAACUGUUAUGAAAUUUCAACAUUCAAAUAUUUCAGAAGUGUAUUUGCUUUGCUGCCAAGUAGAACGUGCAGUUGGAAAACAUCAUGGGAAGAAAGACGAUUUUGCUUCUGAUUGUGGGGGUCCUUGGGGCAUAUUAUGUUUACACACCUCUCCCAGAUAAUAUUGAGGAGCCAUGGAAAUUAAUGUGGGUAACAACGUGUUUGAAAACUAUGACACAUUUGAUAGAAACUCCUUUUUUCCAGUUAUUCAAGGCAAAAACAAACAAAAGCAGAGUAAAACCAAAACAGAUUACUAUACCUAUGACCUUCUGUCAAGAUGGACAGCAGACAGAUUGACACAGUUGUCACAUCAACAAGUCAGAGCUGUGUUCAUUUGAUUUUAGGCCUCAUGCCUUACAUAUCAAUAUACAGUCAGCUAUAUAGAGUGUUUUUUAUGGCAAAAAUUAAUCCAUGCCCCUGAUGAGACUGACUAUAAAUAGAGAAACCUAAUGUCAGAGGCCAUCCAGUCCAGCAUUGGAGAGAAAAGACAUACACAUAUUUCAAAAAGGAACAAACACCAGAAAGUUAAAAAUUUGUUCAAGGCUGCAGAAUCACAGGGACUUAACUACUGGCUCUGGAUUUUUCCCCUAUAAUUAGUAGGGUACUAAGGAGGUGGACUUUGGGGCCAGAGGAGUGGGAUUGAAUGUAGAUUCUGCAAAUUGGUAACUGUGUGAUAUUUUAAAGGAUGAGACUCUAAAUAUUAAUAAUUUGCAAAACUCAUCAUUUAUAUGGGGAUUAAAUGUUAUAAUACCUGUAACAGUGCUUGGAAUGGUGCCUAGAAGAUAGUAAUCCAUUGAAUAAAUCAACUAUUUCCAUGUUGACUAUGAAAGGUAAGACAGAACCUAUCUUAAAGUCCUUUUUAGAGCACUCUUUAGAAAGAGUAGGAAAAAGGUUUAAAUUUUCUAUAGAAUAUACUCUCUGUGAGAAGCUACUUAAACCUUAGAAAAUAAAGAAUUACUGGACUAAUGCAAUUAAGAUUCUGUCAAAUUUGAAUAAUUUUAUAAAGUUGGAAAAAUAACUGGAGAAACAAGUAAUAAUAAUGACUAAUUUUUUAAGAAACAGUAUGGGAAUUACCAAAACUAAUCAUUCAGUAAAUAUUUGUUGCUAGCAAAAGAGAGCAGCUAGAAAGUUUCCCCCCAAAAUUGAACCAAAUUGAUCAAACUCUAAAUUUUUAUUAUAAAAAUGAUAUUCAGAGAUUGCCAGUCACAUUUUAUGAUUAGGAAAAAUACAUUUUUCAACAAAUAUCCUGUUGAUAAAAACAAAAUUUUACUUUUGAUUGUGGAUCAGAAGUGCCUGCCUUAUUUUAGUAUAUGACUAAGAAUCAAUGGUUAUAGUACAGGGACCUCUACUCAAUAUUUUAUAUAUUCUUUUGUAAUAACCUAUAUGUCAUAAUUAUCUGAAAAAGAAUGGACAUAUGUACAACUGAACCACUUUACUACACACUUGAAACUAAUACAUAAAUCAACUAUGUGCAUGCUAAGUCACUUUAGUCAUGUCUGAGUCUUUGUGACCCCAAGGACUGUAGCCAGGCUCCUCUGUCCAUGUGAUUCUCCAGGCAAGAAU